UCUCCAUUAAGGAGAACCUAGAUAGGAAAAUUAAGCAUUAUUAAAGAAAAAGCUUGAAAUGUCUACAAAUGAUAUGCUAAAUAUGGAAGAACAGCCAAAAGAUGAAAAAGAUCACUUAAUUACUAAUGAUCCAUUUUAUGUAAAUACUGAUCUGAUCCCACAAGCUUCUUUCACUGAACAAGAGUCUGAGCUUCAAGACAUGGGAUUGAGUGUCUUUAACCAAAAUGACUUUGAGCAGGGAAUCAUGGAUCAAGUUGAUCGUGCUCUUGCUAAAGAAGAGGAAAACCGCUUUAGAAAGAUUUUACAGAAAGAGUUAAAGACAAUCGGUGAUGAUAUUGUACUAGCCAAAGCAGAUCUAAAGCAUGUCAAUGAAGUUGUAGACAGAUUAGAAACCACACCUGGUCAUGCAAGUGAUAAUCAUAGACAGAUACAGUCAUUGCAAAAGCAGAAAGAAAAUAAGCUAAAGCAAAUCAAAACUUUGAAGAUUCGCCGUGAAAAUGUCACGAAAAAAUUGGACAUGUUGAUCAAAGGUGUACAAAUUGUUAACAGAACAAAUAAUGAUGGCAACACUACAUUGGAUGAGGCUUUCAGUGUUGGAACACGACCUGAAUCUGAGAAAGAGCGUUUGAUCCGGUCAGGAGAAAUGACACCAUUUGGCACAGUGGUGAAGCCAUCUUUGUCUGUUUCCAAGCAAAAAGAUGUUGGUGUACCACAAAUGUCUACCUUUGAAAAAACACUCAUGGCAAAGCAAUCAACCUCUCAGUCAGCUCAAAAACGUUUUAACAAAUAUUUAAAAAAGAAAAGCCUAGAGGCAACCUUGAGGGCAGGCUCGUCACUUCCACCGGAUGACAGUGAAGCUGUCUUACAAGAUCAAUCCCACAGACAAGCACUUCGCAGAGGUUGUAAGAAGAAAACAAGUUCUAAAAGCCAAAAAGAACAUGUUUUGUCUGAUGACCUUACAGGUGAAGAUGAUGAAUCACUGAAUCACACUGAUGAAGAUGAUUAUGUUCCGAGCGAAGAGGAGUCUUCGGAAGAGAAUUUCUCUGAAAAGUCUGCCGAUGAAGCAGAUAUCUUGUCAACUCACAAAAGAAAAAGACGCAGUUCCAGUCAAUCAGCUGUUAGGAAAAAGCCACGGCCAUUACCCAAAUAUAAAGAGAAUGAAGAUGAUGAUAUGGCCCAUCCUAAAGUGAAACGAGAUUAUUCAAUUAAGCAAGAAAGAGAUGAUGCUGACCCAGAUUACUACCAGAAACGUCUCCGCAAGCUUCAAAAACAAGAAAAGAAAGAAGAAGAACAAAUGGACAGAGAAGAGGAGAACAGAAAUGACAGGGAUAAAGAAUCCGAGUUUGAUGGUGGAUUUCAUGUUCCACAAAAGCUGUGGACAAAACUAUUUCCGUACCAGAAAACUGGUGUCCGAUGGUUGUGGGAGUUACAUUGCCAGCAGGCUGGGGGCAUCAUUGGAGAUGAAAUGGGUCUUGGUAAGACCAUACAGACUAUAGCUUUCCUGGCCGCACUGAAAACAAGCAGGCUUAAAAAUGUUAACUUUCCAUACAAAGGACUUGGUCCUACAAUAAUUGUUUGUCCUACCACAGUCAUGCACCAGUGGUUGAAAGAAUGUCACAAGUGGUGGCCAGAGUUUCGAGUUGCCAUAUUGCAUUCUUCUGGAUCAUUUUCAGGAUCAGAAUCUGACCUUGUGAGAUCUAUAGCCAAGAGCCAGGGAAUAUUAAUAACAUCCUACAAUACUUUAGUUGUCCACCAAGAACUGGUUCUACGAUUCAACUGGCACUAUGUUAUUUUAGAUGAGGGUCACAAAAUAAGAAAUCCUGAUGCCAAGGUCACCAUAUGUUGUAAACAGUUUAGGACACCUCACAGAAUCAUCCUGUCUGGCUCACCCAUUCAGAAUAAUUUAAAAGAACUUUGGUCUUUGUUUGACUUUGUUUUCCCUGGCAAAUUAGGCACUUUGCCAGAUUUUAUGCAGCAUUUCUCCAUUCCCAUAGUCCAGGGAGGCUACUCUAAUGCUACACAAAUACAGGUUGAAACAGCCUAUAGAUGUGCCUGUGUUCUGAGAGAUACCAUCAACCCUUACCUGAUCAGAAGAAUGAAAGCAGAUGUCAAGAAAGGCUUAGAUCUGCCCAACAAGAAUGAACAGGUCUUGUUCUGUCGGUUGACAGAUGAACAGAGAGAAGUGUACCAGGAAUACUUAGCUUCUCGUCAGUGCCAGGACAUUUUACAAGGGAAGUUUCAGGUAUUUGUCGGCUUAAUUACACUCAGAAAAAUUUGCAACCAUCCUGACCUCUCCACUGGCGGGCCGCAAGUUUUUAAAAGCCAGUCCGCAUUAUCAGACCCAGAGCUUCAGUUUGGGUAUCACAAGCGAAGUGGCAAGAUGAUUGUGGUAGAAGCUCUUCUGCGUCUGUGGUACAAACAGCAACAUCGGGUCCUACUUUUCACUCAGAGCAAGUCUAUGUUGAAUAUUUUAGAAAAGUUUGUUCAAGAACAAGGCUAUAGCUAUUUGAUCAUGGAUGGCGGCACUUCAAUCUCAGCAAGACAGCCUCUCAUCACUCAGUAUAACAAUGACCCAUCCAUUUAUCUCUUCCUGUUGACCACUCGUGUUGGAGGUCUGGGAGUCAACUUGACAGGAGCCGACAGGGUGAUCAUUUAUGACCCGGAUUGGAAUCCAAGUACAGAUGUGCAAGCCAGAGAAAGGGCAUGGCGUAUAGGUCAGACCAGACAAGUCACAAUUUAUAGGCUGCUUACUUCUGGAACAAUUGAGGAGAAAAUCUACCACAGACAAAUAUUUAAGCAGUUCUUGACUAACAGAAUCUUGAAAGACCCCAAACAGAGACGCCUGUUCAAAUCUCAAGACAUGAUGGAACUCUUCACUUUGGGAAGUCAGGAUAACAAAGAAGGAACAGAAACCAGCGCAAUAUUUGCUGGCACAGGUUCUGAUGUGAAAAUUCCAAAGAGAAGAAAGAGAAACAGAUUUGAUGAGCUAUUAGAGAAAAAAGAGAAAGAAAAGGCCCAGGAAAACUUGAAGCAAAGUGUCUGUGAAGAUGAAGAUAUGGGAUUGGAUAUAGAUGAACUUGAGAGAAUGAAAGAAUUGGCGAAGCGACUGAGUAGACAAAUGGAAAAUGAAAAAAAGAACAAACUUCAAACGGCAGAUGCAGCAAAUAGUUCAUUGGAUAAUGUCCAGGUUGCUAAUGUCAAUUCUAGUAGCAAAGCUACCUGGUCAUCUGAUGAAUCAGUACGUAAUGAUGAACAUAAUCCAAGCUCUAAAGGUUGUGAUAUUAAUUCAGAAACAGAAGUAAAAGUAAUGGAAGUAGAAGGUAAUUCAGAAGUUAAUAACUGCAAUAGAAACCAACCACAACCAGUAGAUUCACAUCAGUUAGAACAAUCAACAGAGCCUCAGAGGGACAGCAUCAUUAACAAAUCACAUCAAUUGUUAGACCAAACAACAUUGACUCAAAGUGAUAAUACUAACAAAUCAAAUCAAUUAUUAGACCAAACAACAUUGACUCAAAGUGAUAAUACUAACAAAUCACAUCAAUUAUUAGACCAAACAACAUUGACUCAAAGUGAUAAUACUAACAAAUCACAUCAAUUAUUAGACCAAACAACAUUGACUCAAAGUGAUAAUACUAACAAAUCACAUCAAUUAUUAGACCAAACAACAUUGACUCAAAGUGAUAAUACUAACAAAUCACAUCAAUUAUUAGACCAAACAACAUUGACUCAAAGUGAUAAUACUAACCAAUCACAUCAAUUAUUAGACCAAACAACAUUGACUCAAAGUGAUAAUACUAACAAAUCACAUCAAUUAUUAGACCAACCAACAUUGACUCAAAGUGAUAAUACUAACCAAUCAAAUCAGUUGUUAGACCAACCAGCUUUGACUAAAUCAGAAAACACCAACAAAUCACUUCAGUGGCAGCGCAAUGGUAAACUUUGGUCCAUUCCAAAAAGACAAAAAUCGAUCAGCACAGAUGACCAAGAUGUCUGUUUGAACAACAAAGAAAAAUCUCAAACAAACGAAAACAGCUCAUUGUCAACUCCUAGGCCAGUGAAAACAAACAUUGUUAACGAUAUUAAAUAUUCGGGUGGAGAGCUCAAUCCAAAGGAGGGUAAAAGAAGGAAGGAGAAGAAAAAACGUCGCCAUGACGCUCGAUUUGAAGGGGAACGGAUACCACAUCUGGUCAAACAUUGUCCACUUCCUCAAAAAAGUGAAAGCGUUGACCAGCCGAAUGCUUCGAAAGAACAUCCACCACAUGAAGAUCGUCACGAAGAUGAUUAUGUUCUUCGACAGCUGUUUAAAAAAACUGGUAUUCAGGGAGCUAUGAAACAUGACAAAAUUAUGGAUUCGGGAAGGCCAGAUUAUGCCAUUGUUGAAGCUGAAGCAGAAAAAGUAGCCAGAGAAGCUGCUGCAGCUUUGAAGAGGUCAAGGCAGCUGUGCUCUUCUGCUCUCUCAGGCUUGCCAAAUUGGACUGGUCAAAGUGGAGGCUUGGCAAAGCCUAGAUUUGGUCAGAAGAAAAAUAGUUUGCUGGCCACAAAAACUAGAACAGAAAUAUCAAGUGCCCAAACAAGUUCUAGCUUAGAGAACCAAUCAAAUGUGAAAGAAACCAAAGACAGAAAUAAAUUGUUCGACGGCAGCAUAUCUGGCAAUGUUUCUCUAUUGUCCAGAAAUGAAACCUUGACCUCCAAUGAUCUCUUAUCCCGAAUCAAAUCUCGAAAGAGAAUUUCCACCAUAGCAGUAGCAGAAGACGAUGACUUCCUAAGGCCAGACCAGCCGCAAGCUAUUGACAGAAAAGACGAAGAACUUUUGGAAGACAUAAGAAACUAUGUGGCCUUCAUGGGCAAUGUGAAUGGGCAAGCAACAACCGAUGAAAUUGUUCUAAACUUUGGAAAACGUUUGCCCAAAUCUGAUGCCCCAAAAUUUAAAGCUAUGCUUAAUCAGAUCUGUGAUUUCCAUGGUGGAUUGUGGAAGCUGAAGUCAGAAUUUAGAUAGUCAAUGUAACUUGUGAAUGUACCUUUAGCAAUCACUGUCAUCUGUUAUGGCAUAUGUUUGUGUUUGCUCAAACUUUAUGACAUUUCAAACUCAGAUGGAAAGGCACAGUAUCAUGGCUAGGUGGGUGGGACGAGGGGUGAGAAUUUGAAAAUUCCGCUCAGGCCCCCACUUGAGGGGAGCCCCUAAAUGAGUGUUUCUUACAUUAAAAAUUAAAUAUUACGCAAAAUGCUGGGGCCCCUAAAGAGGUCAAGACCUCCGGGCCUCCAAACGAUGGAAAAUUCAUAGCUGCGCCUCUGGAAAGGCAACAACUUUAAAAAACAUAUUUGCUAUUAUCUGGAUUUGGUUUAAAUUGAUAAGCAAAAGGGAAGGUACCACACUUCUCCUCCAGACAUGAUUUUCUGAUAUCUUCAAUUGAACCAGAUGGAUGGUUCCAUGAAGACAAAACCCCUGUCUUUUUUGGCUUUAUAUUUUUUUUGUGGAUUCUAGCUCAGUGUCUGGAUUGUCAAAUGAUUUUCUGGUUUGCAUAUGCAUAUUGGUCCUACAGUGUUUAUUUAGCCCCACUUUAAUUAUUUAAUUAUUCAAUGCCCUUGUCAACCCAGUUAAUAAGGAAAUAUCGUUAACACUUCACAAUGCACAACCUAAAACAAUGGUGCCUUCUAAUACAAGACUCGACUAUACAACGAUUUAUUGCUGCAGGGAGAACAACUCUGUCUAGAAAUGAGAAUGGGUUAUCUUUUGUCCCAAUUUCCCAGACGUUUAUACCAGCAUAUGCUUGUUUUUUUUUCAUGUUAUGAAAGCCAACAUUAAUUUCAACUGAUGAAGGUCUAGUGACCAAAACAUUCUGUGCAUUAUCAGCAGGUUUUCUAUAUAUGUAUCUAUUGUAUUCUUCUAUACAAGAUGAUAUAGAUUUUACUUUUAACCAUUU